CGGAUUCUCUUAGAUUUGCGACGUGUUGAACGGUUCUACUUUAAAUCCUCGUUGGCACGCAAUCGUGAGUCGAUACGGAAGUCCGGCAAGCGAACAUUUAUUCUAGUCCGUCCAAACCUAAUUCUAUUUGUUUAAAUACCUCAAGUCUAUGACUAAGACUUGGAUCCAAUUUGUAUGCUGUCGCUAUGUCAGAUGUUUUCUUGUACAUUUAUGAUCUUUCAAGUGGCCUAGCUAGUGUUUUUAGUCCUGGUCUCUUGGGCAAGAAAAUUGAUGGGAUAUGGCAUACUGCUUCUGUUUUGUAUGAUAAGGAAUUUUUCUUUGGACAAUCAGGAAUUCAGUAUUGUGAGCCAUGCUCAACCUCUUUAGGAAAUCCAUUAAAAAAGCAAUUCAUGGGGAAGACACCAUUGUCAGAAUCUGAAAUUUUCAAUUAUUUAGAGCGACUAUCCAAUACAUUGUUCAAACCAGGCGAUUAUUCGCUUUUUGAACAUAAUUGUAACACUUUCAGUGAACACUUUAUAUUUCACUUGACUGGACAGCAUAUCCCAUCGUAUAUAUUGAACUUACCUAAUGAAGUUUUGUCUACACCAUUUGGAGCUUCAUUAGGUUCAGCUUUGAAUGUCCUGUCGGUUGGAAUCAAUUCCAAAACACGUUUGAAUAGUAUUAAAGAAAUUCCAUCUAAUAACGAUAAACAUACAUACGCUGAUAUUAUUAAAUCUUUUCGACCAAUAUUUUUUGAUGAACCUUUAUCCUCAGAACUUCUUCCUCAUCGUAUAUAUUUGUUAUGGCCAGCUGAGGGAAAUUCAAGUUUACCAACUUUAGCUUCAGAGUUAUCAAGAGUACUACUUCAUGAGAACACGGAAGUAAAAUGUGCUGAAGAAUGUUCACCUCUACUUGCAUUGGAUGAAUUGAUUACUGGUGAUCAAUGUCGGGCAGUAUGUGAAUUAUUCCGUUUAGCUAUAUGGAAAGAUCCUAAUAUAUUGAUGAAUUUGUUCACUGAUCCAAGACGUUUAUUGCACAAAUUAAGUACAGUGAAAACACCUUAUGUAAAACCAUGUGAAUUUUACGAUAUUGAAGCAUCUCGUGCAAAAUUACUGUGCAACUGUUUAGGUUUAUCAUUGAACUGGACAAUUAUGCGUGAUGAUGAUAUGAAGCUAGAUAUCAAUAGUAUUAUGCAAAUUAGUUUAACCCUGUUAAAUCAUGAUGUUGAAAAUCAUUUAUCCAAAGAGAUUAUGGGAUCCGCUUCCACACCAUCAACAGUAAUAACACCUAGUUAUUUACCAAAUUUAUUGCCAGAACAUAAACUGGUCGGUUUAGCAUUAGCUCACAAUGUUUCCUUAUAUCCAACGCUCAGUGAAAAUGAAGCGUUAGAACUGGGAAGUUAUUUGUUACAUCUAGCUGUAACAAGUGAAAAAUCAUUUAAAUAUCCAAUCGAUACAAUUUAUUUACUGCGUACAAUCUACUUCUUAGCUGUACGAUUUUCAAGUCUUGCUGACUUAGCCAAAUGUUAUGAUAUUGAAACAUUUCUUCAUGAACUCAUUAAUGAAAGACACUAUUCAAAUCAUAAUGUAAUCCCGUCGUCAUCAUCAUUAAACUCGUCAACUGUUCCAAACGAACACAAACACCAGGUUGACUACAAAAAUAGUUUAUCUCAGACCACAAGAACAAGCAGUCUUUUUCAACCUUCAAAGAAUAUAGAAAGUGGUAUUGAAUCAGAUUCAUUGACAACUUUCGACUAUUUGAUCGCUUCAAAACUGCUGAAUUUUUUAUCAAGUAAUUGUGAAUCAGAUGAGAUAUAACAAAGCGCCAUUAAUUUGUGAAUAAUUUCAAAGUGAAUAUACUAUUCUUGUUAAUUUUAGGAAGUGACUUUUUAUUUUUACCGUUUUCAACACCAUCAGCGCUAUCAUCAUCAUUGCUGUCAUUGUUAUUACUUGAAAGUGAUUUACGUUUAUUUUUUCACCGAUUAAUUUUCAAUAUUCAUUCUAAUAUAUUUUAUUCAUCCUACUUUCUGUUUCCUUCUCAACGUCAAUUAAUUAAGUUCUCGUCCAAUAUUCAUAUUGCUCGUUUUCUUUAAUGACAUUGAGAAUAUUAUAUUUUACUAUUGAAAAUAGACGGCUUUUUUCUUACAUUUCUUCUUAUUUACCAUUUCAUUUAAUUGUUUCAUUUUGUGUGUGUAUGUGUGGUUUUAUCAUUAGUUGUAUUAGUGAUAUAGAUGCCGAAUCGUUGUCGACAUAAUACAGUUGACUUGGUCUUGUUCACGAAA